AUUAUGUUAUUAUUUAUAAUGUACUUGUUUGCAGGCAGGAAAAUGUCUCGUUAUCGUGAAUGGGAUCUAUCCUGCAAGGUUUACGUUGGGAAUCUGGGUAGCAGCGCUAGUAAACAUGAGAUUGAGAGUGCAUUUAGUAAGUAUGGUCCAUUGAGAAAUGUGUGGGUAGCCAGAAACCCUCCUGGCUUUGCGUUUGUGGAAUUUGAAGAUCCGCGAGAUGCUGAAGAUGCAGUGAGAGGCCUAGACGGAACACGGUGCUGUGGUACUAGAGUGAGAGUUGAGAUGUCCUCUGGAAGAAGUCGCCGUGGUGGCGGUGGUCGCAGGCCAGGUCCUCGAUAUUCCAGGUAAGAGAUUCCGCAGCAUUUCGUAACAAUCGCGAACUUUACAGCGAAAACAAGCGUUAGAGCUGUGACACGGUUAAGCAUUCCUCGUCAACGUAGGUAUUCAAAUGCAGAAGAGCUUCUCUCUUGCCCUUAAGGUAAGGGUGCGCUCUUAUCAGCGAAACGAGUAAUGCACGAGUUUUUUUUUCCUCCCCUCAGUGAAUACUUUUUCGUGCACAUCACCAUCGCGAUACUCGAUAUUUUCUCUCAUGUCUAUCUAGGAAUAUCGAUAUAUACAUAUUUAGUUUGCAUAUUUAUAUAUUUUUUAUAUAUCGUGCUUUUUCUUUCUCUCGUCGUUGUCGUGUGUCUGGCUAAUCCUCCUUUUCCUCGUUCACGAUCGCAAGUUCGCAGUUUCAGACUGCCGAUUUUUCGAAUUUUAAGUUAAGGUCGCACGAUUCCUCUCGCUCGCAGAGAUUACACUACUGUAGAUAUUAUUCUGCAUGAAUAUGGUGGAAGGUUAAUUCCGGGGAUUAGCCAGAGCACGGCUAAAUCCACGUUGCAUGUUCGCGCGAAUAGGGAAAUAUUGCACUAUUCAAUCCCAGUUCCUACGUACUAAGGCAAAAGAUUGUGAGGAAUAAGUCAUAUUCGUAACUUUUUCUUAAGAGUUAAUUAAAUGUCUCGAGCACAGUUAAUAUUAAUUGAUUUCAAUUAUAGUAUCAGAUAUUAUUAAAUAUUUCUUUUAAUACAAUUUAAAUGUUAAUUGGUUAAUGAAUUAAUUUAAAUUGAAUUCAUCUAUAACAGGCAUGCCGUCUGUCAUUUUUCGAAGAACUUCCAGGGCACGUAUUAUGGAACUUUUCGGAAUGGAUUCCGAUCGGAAUUAUUCCGUUUUCCCUAGAAAAGACAAUAGAAAUCUAAGAAAUAACUGAACAAUUCCGAUCGGAAUCCAUUCCGAAAAGUUUCAUAAUACGUGCCCUGAACUGGUGCACUUGGAAACAAAAUAUACUUGUCUCACUCUAACUUAUUACAUCAGUGUGCACCAGUUUAGGAAGCUCUUUGAAAAAGAACAAACCUCAUGAUCAACCUCGAGCUCCGGAGCCAGUGCGGGUAGAUCGCGAGACGUGGGACACUUGACAUGGAUCGCCACUAUCAUAUGCAUAACAUACGUGUAGCCGGCAUCCUAUGUCAAAUGGUGGAGGGUUGCACGUCCCACGAUCUACUCGCAUUGGAGUUCAAGUGGUUAACUGUUGACCAUGCCUGAUCUAUAAUGUAUCAAGAUACUUUUAGAAUAUUCUGGUGAUUACAUUAUAGAUUAUAUCUGUUUUUAAACGCGUAAAAGAAAUAUUUAAUAAUAAUUAAUGUUUUAUAAGUUUAAUUGAAUAAUCUGAAUUUAAAUUUUUGUUCGAACUCUUUUUAUUAUUUGUUUAACGAUGAAUUAAAAGUAACGUUGUUAUCAGCAAUUUUUCUUCUAUCUGAUUGCAUAAAAAAUAUUUAUUAUAUAUAAUAUUACAUAUGUGAAGCGUAUAUUUCUUGCAUGCUAAAUCAUUUUUUAAAUAUUCCUUAUAGUCUUUUUUUUUCUUAGCACUAGACUGUCUUAGGUAUCACUAUUCAUGCCUUUCUAUUUCUGUUUUUCGUUCUUUCUCUUUCCUAUUGCAAUGUUCUUGUCCAUACGCUUUAGCAAACUAUCGGAUUUAUGUACGAUAUAUCUUUUCUUUUUUUUAAACAAAUUUGUAGGUCCAGGUCGCGCAGCCCCCGUAGGAAAUCCCUUGGUCGUUACCCGAGGUAAGACUCCCGCUCCUUUUAGCUAUCUCCGCGUCUCCUCUUUACAAAUAAAUCCGUCUUGCUUUCUCUCCGACCCAUCUUGCCGCCAACCGCAAUUUUCAGGUGCUAAGACAAAUGAAAAUCUCUCAAAGCGUGACGCGAGGCGAUCAUUGGCGAAACACUUGGCAGACAUACAUUAGUUAUUCUUAAUCUUUUGUAGAUCCUGCUCGAGAAGUCCCCGGAGAUCAUCGAUUAGCCGCUAUUCCAGGUAAUUAAUUUUUCUCUUUUGUUUCCGCUGUUUGAUUAUUUUUUUGUACCUCGCUUCGCAAAAGUUUUCAGAAUCUACGGUCCUGGCGAAACGGGAUGGGCAGUAGGUAUAACUAUUGCUUGCACUCGUACAGUACAUAUACAUGUUGCACGUAUUUAUAUAUCACGAGAUAGUAGUCACUAUAACUAGAGGCAUUUAAGAGAACGAUGAUGGAAUCGAAUUAAUCGCGAAGAUUAACACAAAAAAAAUAAAAAUUUGCAUUUAACUCAAUGAAAUUUUCCUACAGAAAUUAAUUUCUUUAUUUAUUUCGUCACCGUUCUCUCCGUAAGCGGUCGAAACUUAUAAUCGGAAAACUGAAGAACUUAGAGAGUAGUCGAUCAUGAUUUCGGCGAACUCGUGGGUACUCGAGCGACGGUAAAAGAAAAGAAAAAAUAAUGCAUGAUCUCUCGGCAAUCGAGUUGAGAGUGGGAGGACGGGACUGAACGAACUGUGCGAUGGUAGACGAGAAUGAGGAGGGAUUAGAUAGAAGUAAUAUAAUAACAAAGCGAAGGCAGGAUCGGGAAUUUCAGAUAGGUAUGGUAACGUCGUAUGGAAGCAACAAAAUUGCAUCUCGGAAUUACGCGUGUAAACUUGCGUAUCGUGCCAUUAUCGAUGUUACUCCUUACUUCAAAAUGGGGGAUCUUCUUGGUGCCUAAAGUUCGCGAAUGAUAGAAGUAAAAUUAAAUAUAUAGCUUCAGAAACAUUGGCACUUUUUUUAAGAUUGUUAUGAUAGGAGGGUAG